UGGAUGCUGCUAUGGUGUGUGCACCGUCCGAUCCUUAGUGCCGAUCGCUAGCGAGAAGUAAACAACCGGGGUGUUUACGCAUUGGAGAAUAUGAGUAAAGUGGACGCGCCAUGUCGUCCCAGCGCCUCUCUCAAGUUCACCAUUGACAACAUCCUAAACCUGAAAACAAGCGGGCGCGCCGGUGACAGCUGCCGAGCCCACGGAGAGCACGAUGACUCGGCCACGGCGACGUGUAAAGGCCGCAUCCUGUCGAGGCACCUCGACGGGUCCGGAGCCCACCACAGGCAGCAAUCGGACGAAAGCGACUGUAACCGCGCGGGCGACUCGGCCACCGAGAACGGUGGCGCGGUGGAGGCGCGCUUCGAGAGCGGGGACAGCAGCUGCGACGACUGCAGCUCCACCACCACCACCGCCCCCGCCGCCGCCGCCGCGGAGCCCCUUCAAGCGGACAGCUCCGGCAAGAAGAGUAAAAUGAUGACGAAAAAGAAAACGCGCACCAUUUUUUCCAAGAGACAGAUCUUCCAGUUGGAGUCUACGUUCGACAUGAAGCGCUACCUGAGCAGCGCCGAGCGCGCCUGUCUCGCCAGCUCCCUGCAGCUGACCGAAACUCAGGUGAAAAUAUGGUUCCAGAACCGCAGGAAUAAAUUGAAACGGCAAAUCUCCAGUGAAAUCGACGGGCCGGUCAGCGACUUCCCAGAGACGGUGAAGCCAGUGGUGCUAAGUCAGCUGCCGGCCUUGUACAAGGAGAGCAGCCUGCUGGGGAGGUGCCUCAUGCCCAUGCCGCUGCCCGUCGUCUACCAGGGUUCCAACACGCCUUACCUCUGUUUCUCCAACACCAGCAAGUACUUCAGCCUCUAUGACGGGGACGUAUGACGCGGCCACCGAGCCGCAUGAGCAAACGGACACUUUUGUUUGUGCCAACUGGAGCAUUUAUGGCGUUCAGCCUUCAGUUCAAAGGGCCGGGCGGACACUGGCCCCAAAGGUUCAAAAGAAGGAUGCAAGAAGUAGGAACAGAACACACAUGAGCUGUUUUUCCUAUUAUUUAUUUAUUAGCCUGGCUUUGUGUAGGCCCAGCACUUACCACCCGAAAAGACAAUACAUAAAUAUCUAAAAAUUGCAGGCCUAGCAACUGUUAGCCUGGCCGUGCAUGGCCUACUACAUCAUUAACAUCUUUUCUUUUCAUGAUAGACCAUUAUCACUGUUAUGAUCGUCAUGAUUAUUAUUAUUAUUAUUAUUUCUAUAAUUCUCAACAACAGCCUAUGCCACCAAAGAAAUUAAUACACUUUGCAUGUAUAUCCAAUAU